UGCGGACAAGCGCUACAGGCGGUGUUAUUGAUUGAAUGUGUUAGGCACGCAGGUCUACGGUAGUUAUGUGCCAAGCACACUAUGACUUUCUGUGUUAACUGACACAUUUUAUAACGAUGGAUAGAUUAGAAAAGUACACCGAAUACGAAACAAAAACAUUGCAACACAUUUAUGAGUUUCUACUAUCUAACAAAUUGACGAAGACGUGCGCUUGUUUUUUGGAAGAAUGUAACGAAAGGAAUAUGAUUAUACCGCCAGUAACAUCGAAAUUAAAUGCUCCAGUUCAUAUAACAAAGGAUCAAGCUGCAUCCAUUAUAAAAGCAUUUAAAAAUACAUCUAGAACAGAGUUUUUGAAGAUGUGGAAUGAUUUGCCAUUUGAAGUUAAGCAACUUGACGAGUAUAGAAAAUUAACUUUUUACCUAUACGUUUACUACACUAUAGUAGAAUGUAAAAGUAACAUUAGUAAUAAUGAAAAUUCUGAUAACAUCUCCAAAAGUUCUCUGGACGCUUUUCGUUCAUUUCUAGUUAAUAGAGGAGCAGAAUUCAGUACAGAAAAUGAGUUUUUACCAUACUUUGCUUUACCAUAUGUAUCCCAUCCCGCACAGCAUUCGUCUUUUCAGAAUUUAUUUAAAGAAAACCAAUGGUGUGAUUCACUAAAUAAAAGAUUAGAGGACUUUAUAUUAGACAUCGCCAUAAGUACAUCAAUUCUAUUAGUACCAAGUAAUGAAGCGAGAAAAAGAAAAAUAGCAAAAAAUAAUCUUAAGACUUUGUAUCUUGAGUACAAACCACUUAAUAUAUUGGCAGCUGAAUUGAUAAGUGCUCUGGAAAAUUCAAUUAGAGGACAGGCUAUUAAUUUAGAUGUAAUUUUAAAGAAUUGUAACGCGGUAAUAGAAAUCAACGAAAAUGAUCAAAUUAUAGAUUCGGGAAUUGAUAAUGAAUAUAAACUUAGCAUAUAUAAAAUUAAACUUGAAUUAAGAAAUGGGAACAGCACAAAAAACAAACUACUAAUCCUCCAAGCCUUAAGAUGGAGACUUACUAGAUCACAAAAUCGAACACAAACAGUAGUUAUGAUAAAAAAACAUGAUAUGUUAGAUUUAUGCAAGCUUAAUGCUGAACAAGGUCUUAUGAAAUGGCUAAUGAUGACGAACGGACCACAUCCAUUACAGCAAAUGAUAUCAAGGUUGCUUAAUGCUUUAGCUUCAUUUAUUAAAGGGCGCAAGUAUUUAGCAAGUUCUCCAUUUUUAAUAAAACUUAUUGUAUCACAGCUCAUAUCAUCUCAACACUUUUGGGAUACGAUCACUUGUAACAUGUUAUUAGGAACAUUGCAAAAACUCAGUUUGAGAGUUCCACAACGAAAGCAAAUGAUUGAAAAUGGUUUAGCAACGUGGUUGACCGACCAGUUGGUUAGAAAAAGCGAAUUUACUGGUGAUCGAAAUAAAUUCGAAAUGUAUGAUUUAGAAUAUAGUUUGGGUCUUUUCGCAAAUAUUUGUAAAAGUCAAUCAGCUGUGCAAUCUUGUGCAUCUCGAGCACGUAAUUUACUUCAAUGUAUAAGCGUUUUUGUUACAACCCUAGAUGUUGAUAUUCUACCUUGUCUUUUAAGAAUUUUGUACAGCAUAUUAAAAAAUAAAGAUAUGAUAAAUGUCGCAAUCGAGAUAGAUUUAUUGACUGUGGUCAAACAAAUCAUAGAAAAAAACAAAAUAAAAUAUCCAUUAGCUACUGAACAGUUGAAUAAGAUUAAAUUAAUUUUACAAAAUAAAAAACAUCCAGACUUGAAUCAAUCUUCAGAUGAAGAAAAUACUAUUUCUGAUAACGAAACUAAUGAGUAUUUAGAAAUAGAACUGGACGAAGAUGACCCAUUGAAAAUUCAACCCAAUGGUGAAGAAUUUUUGGCUACUUAUAAAACGGAAAAUGUUGUAUCAGAUAUGUAGAUUUAUUGCUGAAAAUAUUUUGUUAAAACUAAGCAAAACCUUUGUAUGCAAAUUUUUAUUUUGACAUUGAAGUACAUGAUUUUUUAAAGUGGUGUUAA